AUGAACAUCGAUGCUGGAACAAUGGCCCCGACAGAACAUGGGGAGGUGUAUGUGCUCAAUGAUGGAGGAGAGGUUGAUCUUGAUCUGGGAAACUAUGAGAGAUACCUCAAUGUCACGCUCUCUCGGGACAAUAACUUAACGACUGGCAAGAUUUACCGGGAAGUUAUCGAGAAAGAGCGACGAGGUGACUACCUAGGCAAGACGGUACAAAUCAUCCCUCAUAUAACAACUGCCAUCCAAGACUGGAUCGAACGUGUUUCCAAGGUUCCGGUUGAUGACACUGGCGAAGAGCCUGAUGUGUGUAUUGUCGAACUUGGAGGUACGGUUGGAGAUAUCGAGUCGGCUCCUUUUAUCGAGGCUAUGCGUCAAUUUCAAUUCCGCGUCGGGCAUGCUAAUUUUGCCCUCAUCCAUGUUAGCUUGGUCCCAGACAUGCAUGGAGAGCAGAAGACGAAACCAACCCAAGCGACGAUUCGUGAUUUGCGUGGAUUGGGUCUGUUGCCGGAUCUGAUUGCUACUCGGCUCGUAUCAGCACAACCUCUUGAUGCGGCGACUAAAUCAAAAAUUUCCAUGUUUUGUCAUGUUGCUCCUGAGCAGGUGGUCGGGGUUCACGAUUUAUCCUCAGUUUAUCAUGUACCCCUCCUCCUAGAGUCGCAAGGGAUUAUCCAAUUUUUGCAGAAACGUUUGGACUUGCUUUCCGUCCGUAUUCCACCCGCGUUAGUUGAGAAAGGACACGAUUUGGCCAACAGGUGGAAGAUUCUGACCCAGACGCAAGAGCGUUUAUUUGAUACCGUUACUAUUGUUUUGGUUGGAAAAUAUACGGCUCUGAAGGACUCUUACAUGUCUGUCACGAAGUCCCUCGAGCAUUCUGCAUUUAGAUGUCAUCGGAAACUUAUUCUUACUUGGGUGGAAUCCUCCGACCUUGAGCCCGAAACACUUGAGAGCAACCCAGUAAGAUAUCAUGAUGCAUGGAGGGCACUGGUUGGCGCUCAGGGUAUCCUGGUUCCUGGUGGAUUUGGUUCACGUGGGACGGAAGGCAUGGUGUUAGCUAUCAAGUGGGCUCGAGAGCAAAAAGUUCCAUUCCUCGGGAUUUGCCUCGGCUUCCAGAUGGCCGUUGUCGAGUGGGCGAGAAACAUCCUAGGUCUUCAGAACGCAUGCUCUGCUGAGAUUGACGAGACCACGCCCCAUCCCGUCAUCGUAUAUAUGCCGGAGAUCUCCAAGACCCAUCUGGGAGGAACCAUGCGGCUGGGGCUGCGACCCACGCUCUUCAACCAAGACAGCGCGUCGUGGUCCAGAGCACGUGCCUUGUACGGUGGAGCGGAUACUAUCUGGGAAAGACAUAGGCACCGGUACGAAGUCGGACCCGCGUAUGUGGAUCGGAUUGCCGAGAGUGGGUUGGAGUUUAUUGGCAAGGACGAAGCUGGUGUUCGGAUGCAGAUUUUGGAGCUGAGAGAUCAUCCCUACUUUGUUGGGCUGCAAGCUCAUCCAGAAUUCUGCACCCGCCCACUGAAUCCAUCGCCUCCCUUCCUAGGGCUUGUGGCGGCAGCAUCCGGGAAGGAAGUGUUACGGGAACAAAUCCAGAACCAACGAAACUACGUGAGCCCACAUCCAGUCUCAGCUCAGGUGUUAGAAUACACACCUACCGUACGAGAGGCGGGAUGCAACAUUGGAGGAUCGGAGACCCCGAGGGUCAUUCAAGAUUAA